CUAAAAUAAAAAUAAGAACUUUGGCGGCAAAGCAAAAUGCUCUACAAAUUGAACACCGCCUUCUCUUCGCGCUAACCCUCCAGUCGGAUCCAACAGAGCUCGUCACCCUCAUCCAUGGCCGUUCCCCCCACUUCGCCAGUCAGCCGCCGCCGGAAAAUGGAGGAAAGCGAGAGCAAGAAGGAUAUCGUCCCUCCCCCAGCCAAGCGUUCUAAGAACCCCGGGGUCCGAGUACAGGGAGGGCGGAUCUACGACUCGGAGAACGGGAAGACAUGUCACCAGUGCCGGCAGAAGACCAUGGACUUCUCUGCCUCCUGCAAGGCGACCAAAAGGGAAAAGCCUUGCACCAUCCAUUUCUGCCACAAGUGCCUCCUUAACAGGUAUGGUGAGAAGGCCGAGGAGGUUUCUAGUUUGGAUGAUUGGAAGUGCCCUAAAUGCAGGGGAGUCUGCAACUGCAGCUUCUGCAUGAAGCAAAAGGGUCAGCCGCCAACUGGGAUUCUCGUCCAUACGGCAAAACUUACUGGAUUCUCGUCAGUUCAUGAAUUGUUAAGUAACGGAGGAGAAAAUGUGAUGAGAGAUGCUACUGUCUCAUUGAGGGAAUCCCCUGCAUCAAAAAAGGUUCCAGUGCCUUCAAAAAGAUCCAGGGACAAGGAAAAUUACAAUUUUGAGAAGAAUGAUACUGUGUGCAUGCAAGCUGAUUGUAAUAGGGAGAAGAGCUCGCUCGUAGAGAAGAAUGAUGUAAAAGCAACAAAAAAUUUGAAGCAGAUGAAGCUUAAGAUUGAAGGUGGAAGGAGUGACCAGGAUCAAAAUAAUAAGAAGUUGCAGAUCAAUAAUUCGGAAAAUGGUUUGCCUGUGCAGGAAGAUAAAAAAGAAAACUUGCAUUGCAGUGCUAAGAAUGAAACCAUGAACAAGCCUCCUAAGCCAAGGGGACGUCCCCAGAAGAUUGCUACAGUACCUGUUCGACCUGCAGGAAAACCAUUGAGUAUGGUUGCAGGCUUGGAGCUGCCAGCUGAAGAUGUUGGACCUGUAUUGCAAUUUUUGGAAUUCUGCACAGUGUUUUCCAAGGUUCUCGAUGUAAAGAAAGGGGAGCCUCAUGCAAUUAUCAGGGAAUUAAUCAGAGGCUCUUUAUCACUUCGCCGUUGCCGAUCAAGUUCAGCAAUUAUUCAAUUUCAAAUCAGACUGCUCUCCUUCAUCUUAGAGGACAUGGGAGAAGAGCGCUACUUCAUAACCAACGGUGAAAACUCGUGGUUAAAAGCUCUUGGUAAAUGUCUCAACGAAUAUAAACAUCUCGCAACAGGGCUGCCUUGGGAUUUUAUGGACAACCUUUCUAAAUACAACGAAUUGGAUUCAUCAAGUAAAUUAAGGAUUUUAGUGUUCCUUUGUGAUGAGGCUCUUGGAACUGAAGCACUGAGGAAAUUUCUUGAUGAAGAGAAUGCAAAGUUUGUAGAGGCAAGGAAGGAAAAGACUGAACAAAUUAUUGCUGCUAAAACAAAGGAAAAACUUAUAAAGCAAACGCUUAAAAAUGAUCUUGCCAGAGCAAUGCUCCCAGCAGAAGAGAAUGCUAAACUUUCUAUAUCCGAGCAUGACAAACUAAUUUCCAAAAUAAGGCAUGAAACGGAAAAAGCUCAUCAGGAAAUGUUGGAGUCGAUUGAGCUUUUGUCAAAGAAGAAACACGCAUCAGAUGCCAUUCGGACUAGUCCUCUUUUUCUAGAAAAGAAUGGAACUGUGUACUGGAGAUUGAAUAGCUAUGAUGGAAGUUCAAGCAUUAUUGCCCAAGAUAUUGAGAAAUGGAGCGUGUUUCCACCUCAAGAGAAUUGGUUCAUAUUUGAUGAUGAACAGAAAAUGGUGGAGAAUUAUAUUUCCUAUUUGAGGUUUCACAGAGCAAUGGAACAAAAGGAACUGAAGAAAGGAUUACAGCGCAGGGUAGGAAUAGAAGAUGAGCUUUCUGAUCACUCAGAACCCCAAAGUUGCCUGCAAAAAUAAACCCAGUGAUGUUUAGUUGGUGAUGGCGGAUGUAGAAGAACUGGGAAAUGCAGUAAACUCUUGAUGGAGUGCUAAAAUGUGCAUUAGGAAUGCUGCUGGACAGUGUGCUGAAUGCUGCUGUAUGCUUGGGCCAGCCAACGAUCAUUGUAAAUAUAAGAACCUCUUCAUUUGAAUUCGUUUCAUGCCUGUGUUUUGGUAGACUUUAUUUUGACAUGCAAUGCAAUGGGGAUUAAAAACAUUAUUGUGGUUAUAUUUUGAGUUUGAAUGUUGUGUAAUAGUUAAAAAUGAUAGUUUUUUUUUAUGUAUAUUUUUUG